AUGGGGGGCGGGGGUGCAGCGGUGAUGCGGAAGAAGGUACUGCGGAGGUUUAAGAUAAGGGGAUACACGCUCAAGGUGGAGGCGGUGGAGGAGGUGCUCAGCUUUGUCGGCCAGUUCGAGGACGCCGAUGAUGAGGCGCUCGAACUCCUCCUCGACGAGAUCGACAACGAAUCAUGUCCAUCUCUCUCUCAUCAGGCUGCUGAUCCUCCAUAUGCCCAUCUUAUCUCCCUCGUUGUCAUUUCUGUUGGCUUGUUCUGAUCGUAUUUGCUUGGAUUUGAACUGUUUAUGGCAGAUAAGUCCACCAUCCUUGAUAGGGAGUCUGUCCACCGUGUGGUGAGCCUCCUGCUGGAUGCUGAUUCUGCAGUGGCUUCAGGCCCCGAUGUAAUCAACCAGACGGCCCUCCGGGUGAUCGACGUAUUCAAUGUCCCCAAGUUUCAAUACGAUCCCGUCAAAAAAGUCUUCUACGAGUAAGCUCAUCUCUGGAUUUUCAUUACCAGUAAGGAAUAUCUUCCUGAAACGGACCACAUAAUAUUGGUCCCCUGUUCACGUUAAAUAUAGACAUGCAAAGUUCAAAAUGUAUAUUUGAUUCCUAGCCAUUCAUAAUUGAUUAUGACUGAAUAUGGAAAUAAUGACUGAAUACGAUAAAAGUAAACUUGUGACGGGUAUAGUUACCCACGAAUUGGUUUACAUUGAUCGUCAGAAUUCUUCCUACCUUUCCUUCCUAAAUCACAUGCUCUUUGUUCGGAGGAAGAUAUUUUUUUUGUAGCAAUAAAACCGUGUAGUUUCUUAGUUGUAUGAAUUUAAUGGGUAGAACGGCACGUUUCUUCAAGUAGAAGGGAUUUCUUUUGGUGAGAAGCAUUAACGUAUUUUCCUCAUUUUCUCAGCGUCAAUGUAUUAAGUUGAUUAUGGUACUAAAAAGCCUGUUUAUUAUGUAACAUGAGUUCUCCUACGGUAGAAGCACAGAGACAACUGAAGCUUUUCUUUUGGUUUAGGCAUACUGGGAGGCUGCCGAUUCAUGGUGAGGCCAGUGCAAAGGCUGCAUUAUAUAGGGAUCGGUUCCAUCUUCUUCUCCAGAGGAUUUCUCGUGAUAAGCAUUUUUCCAGGCCAGUGUUUGAUUCUGAGAUGGUGGAUUCACAGAGCUGUGAGGUGUGCCACCCGAAUGCUCUUUUGAAAUCAUCAUUUUAAGCUGCUCUGCUCGUAAGAAUGCUAAGUCGUUAUAUUCUUUGGCGCUGCUCAAUGCAGAUAACCUCAAUUCAGUCUUUGAUUGGUUCUGUGGGAAGGAAAUGGAUCAUGGGUGUAAUAUCUCAAUUGGAAGAUGGACACUUCUUCUUGGAAGAUCUGACUGGAGCUGUACCAGUGGACUUAUCCAAUGCAAUAUCCUUGAUAGAACAUAUAGUUUACAUAUUUCAUUUGCCAAAUCUCAGUGCAUCGAACUUUAUUCUGUUCUUUCUCUGUUACCUACUUCCCGUAGAACAGGCUUCCAUGUCCAUAAUCCCGUUUAUAAAACAGUGUCCCUUUUGGUUUAAAGAUAUAUGAUUUUUUGAGAGUUCCAAAAAAUUCUCACAUUGGUUAAAUUUUUUUCCUACUUGUUGCCUUAGUUCUAUUCUUAUUCACUUUUUUCCUCAUGACAUCUCUCAGUCGAAGUCUCGUCACCACUAUGUGACCGACGAAUUGACAGAGAAAAUGUUUGGAGAUGCAUUGGAAUAGGACACGUUCUUUUGCUAAUGAAAUAGUGAUCCAUGAGCGAGUAUAGGGUUUUAUUGAAACACGUAAAUUCAUCAUGAACGAUUUUAAGAGAUUCAACACAAUUGCCCACAAUGCUGAUUCCAAGUAGUUGCAGAAAGCCAUGAUGAAGUUGUUUUCUUUGACGUCUCACACAAAAUUACCUCAGGAUUCUUUGUAGAGAACACUAUAAUUGUGGCUGAAGGGGAGUUGCUUCUGAAUGGCGUCUUUCAGGUUUUAUUUCUUUUGCCCCACUUACUACAUUUGUUCUCUUAAGCAUACAUGUAUCUUAUUAAAACAUCAGAUUUGGGGUGAUGUAUCCUUCUUGUUGUGGCUCAUUACUUGUGCACCGUUUCCUUGUAACUUGCUAAUCUUUUCAAUAUAUGGAAUUGGUUUCUUUUUAAGCAAUAUAUGAUUUUCUCGCUAAUGGUGGGUCCUGAUUAUUUUUAGCUUUUGUACAUUUUAGCUAAUGUUUUCCCCACUUAGUGAUAAUAACAAUAGUGCUUUUUCGGUAGUAAGAAAACAUCGAGAUUUGUAAUUUGGUGAACUCUUAGAAGAAUGUUUACACGCCAGAAGUAAGAAAAUAAUAACUUUUUUUUUCGAAAAUAAGAGAAUAUGAUCGAAUUCUUGAAGCUGCCAUCCUUUUGUCCUAAUAUCGGGCUCUCUUCUUGAAGCCAUGUUCGCUGCUAACUUUUCACACCUGAAAAAAGGGAGCCGUCCUUUUUUUUUUGGCUGCGUUGUUGUUGCUACUAUAUCUCUUUAGAGACUCCGGUAAGAUCUACUAUAUCGACUGUUUGUCCAUGUGAUUAAUGGCUACCAACCUAGGCAACUUUUAGGCAUCAAUGAAUAAUUUCUACCGCUAUGCUAUGCAUUCUUAAUUUCUCCUUUUAUUCCUGAGAACAGGCUGCAAAUUUCCCAAUUCCUAAUUGCUAUUGUAGGUCAGCACAUGUGGGUUCCCUCCUCUGGAAGACAGAGAAGCGUCUCUUUCCUUACUCAUGGGACUUGACUUUUUUGGUAGUGGGAUACUUACAUCGGAGGAAACGGUACCCUCUGGCCUACUUUACACCAUUCGGCUCUUUAAUUUCAUCCCCUGCAAGCUAAUUUCCUUUGACUUUUUCUCCUGCAACCAUCAACAGCUCAGAUUAUCGCAGCUGGAAAAGAAGGCGGUAAAUGACAUGUUUGUGGUCCUGUCUGACGUCUGGGUAGAUAAUGACGAGGUAAUAUGCAUGAUGUCACCAAUUUAUUUAUUUCUGUUUUUAGAAAUACUUGGUUGAGAAGAAAAGAUGUCAAUUUUUUCAUGCCGUAUGUAGUAAAGACUAUGGAAAAGCUAGCGACGGUCUUGGAUGGGUACGAGAACGUGGAUGUGGUACCUUCUUUGUUCGUCUUGAUGGGAAACUUCUGCUCUAGACCAUGUAACCUCUCCUUCCAUUCUUUCUCUAGCCUCAGGUGAGGAACCUCUCCUUCCCAUCUUUCUUCUGUCCCAUGGCUGAUGGCCAUUUUUCUCAGAUUUUUUCCAUUUUUAGAUGUUCUGUUAUUCUUUUUCUUUGGUUGGUGGAUGAGCUAUUGCAGAUUGAAGUUCACCAAGCUCGGGGAGAUGAUCGGAUCCCAUCCGCGAAUAAAAGAGCACAGUCGCUUUCUGUUCAUCCCAGGCCCCAACGAUCCAGGUAUCAUCAUCAUCAUCUGCGGGUUUACUGCAUCUCUAAUGACAUAUAUACCAAAGUUAGUGGCCCAUCCAACUAUAUAAAUACAUGACAUUAUUUCCCUGAUGAGAGAGAAACGUGUAGCUGUUCAUCAACUGUGCUAUCUGUCCGUCAUUUUCAGGUCCAUCGACGGUUCUUCCGAGGUGUGCUCUCCCAAAAUACUUCACGGAAGAGCUCCAGAAGCAGAUCCCCAACGCCAUAUUCUCCAGCAACCCCUGCAGGUCAGACUCAGACAACACUUAACCACCACCCAUUAUUGCGUGCUACUUCUCUCUGCAUGGUAGGGCCUUUUUCUCUCUUUAAACAAAACCCUGCAGAUCAGACUCAGACAGCACUUAACCACCCAUUAUAGCGUGCUACUUCUCUCUGCAUGGUAGGUCCUUUUUUUCUCUCUCUAAACAAAACCACCCUGCAGAUCAGACUCAAACAGCACUUAAACACAUUAUAGCGUGCUACCUCUCUCUGCAUGGUAAGGCCUUUUUUUUUUCUCUCUCUAAACAAGCUCCUUGGGGCGCCUGCAGACUAAAAUUCUGCACCCAGGAGAUUGUGUUCUUCCGCAACGACCUCCUCUACCGGAUGCGCCGAUCCUCCUUGAUUCCUCCCUCCACAGAGGAGACCAGCGACCCCUUUGAACACGUGGGCACUUCCUUCCUCAAUCCCUCGCCAUGCUCAAUUCUAGUAUUUUUUUAGAGGGCGCUGACUUUUUAUGGGGAGGGGGGGUGCGACUUUUGCAGCUGGUGGCCACCAUCACUCACCAGAGCCACCUCUGUCCCUUGCCUCUCACAGUCCAGCCCGUCGUCUGGAACUACGACCACUGCCUACGGCUCUACCCGAAUCCUCACACGGUAGGAGAAGACUCCUUCCGUUGACUCUGAGAAUCCCCAAGACAAGACCCUAGCUUUUGACUUUCUCUCUACAGAUCGUCUUGGGGGACAGCAGCGAGCAGAAUUCCUUCAAAUACUCUGGGAUCACGUGCUUCAAUCCGGGGUCCUUCUCCAGGGACGGCACCUUUGCGGCCUACCGCCCUUGCACCCGGGAGGUCGAGCUCUCUGCGUUGGAAGGCUGCGAGGCCAGACCGAAAUGGUGA